AGUCUAUUAAGGUUUUCAUUACAUGGGGCAACAUUAUACCGCCCCGGUAAUGUACCGAAUCCCAUCAAGAUGUACAUAUAUCGCGACUGGAUACCCCGCCAUGCCCCGCAGUCUAGAAUCUCAUCCCACCUGAUCUCAAGCCAUCAUGCCCACAGUCCGUCGAGGUUAUCUGCGUACCAUCGCCAGCAACUUCAAUCCAUAUUUGGCGUUCUGCACCAUCAUUCUCGGUAUCUCAUCAUGCAAUCAAGCAUUCGAGACCAACGCAAUCGGUACAACUCAGGCUAUGCCGUACUUUGCGCGACAAUUUGGAGUAUGUGACGCCGCAGGGAAGUGCCAGCUGCCUACCAAUUACCUUGCCCUCUUGAAUGCCAUUCCAGCUGCCACUCAGGCCCUUGGAGUCCUCUGCGCCGGACUACUCAUGAACAUCGUCGGUCGGAGAUGGUCCAACUUUCUCAUGUGCGCUUGGGCAAUAAUGGGCGCCGUCCUGAUGGUCACCGCGAAAAAUCGUGCCCACCUCAUGGCCGCUCGUUUGAUCAAUUACAUGUAUUACGGCGCAGGUCAAUUGAUCAAUAGUACUUAUUGUGCGGAGCUGGUCCCGGAGCAGAUCAGAGGUAUUGCAGUCGGAGCGUUCUACGUGUCAUUUACUUUCGCUGCGCUCGUCAUGUCUGGGGUUUUGGUAGGCACAGCGACGAUUCAGAGCAAUGCCUCAUGGCAGAUCCCUUUCGCUCUCUGGUUCCCCAUGCCGAUAAUCUGCUGCAUCGCUACUUACUGGCUGGUAGAAUCGCCCAGAUACCUCUUGAUGAAAGGCAAAGACGACCAAGCUCGAGAGGCUCUGAAACGACUCCGAGUCGAUAAUUCUGAUCAUGUGAUCGGCGAAGAGCUCAUGACGAUCAAGUUGGCUCUGGAAGUCGAAGGGGCAGGUGGCAAAUGGCGAGACUUGAUUCGAGGGACGAAUCUUCGUCGAACGUUAUUGUGUUCCAUCAUCGCACCUGCGAGCUCGGCUUCUGGAAACAGUUUUACAUCAUCCUAUGGACCCAUAUUCAUCUCGACCCUACACUCCAUCAGCGCUUACGAUUUCAAUCUCAUUGGAUCUGUCAUUGGCUUCCUUGGUUGUGUCGUUGUGAUGGUCUACAUGGAUAAAUUCGGACGUCGACCUUUAAUCAUCACCAGUGCUUUAGCUCAAUCUGCCUUCCUCCUAGCAAUGGCCUCGACAGGUCUUCAGAAGCCCAAAGUCACGCAAGCAGGUACAAACUUCAUCGUCGCCUGCGUCUUGCUCUUCAACACAUCUUUCCAUACAGGGUACGCAUCUACCAUCCACGCCAUUCUUGCCGAAUUGCCCGAACAGACAGUCCGAGCCAAAACACAACUAGUCGCUCAGAUCACCAAUGUCUCGAUAGGUGUUGGCGUCUCUUAUGCUACGCCAUACAUGUUCCGAGCGGAUGCCGCCAAUCUCGGACCUAAAGUCGGAUUCGUCUUCCUCCCCAUCAACCUGUUCGUAGCUGCUUUCGUCUACUUUGGUCUACCAGAGCUCAAGGGUAGAUCGUUGGAAGAGAUCGACUUGCUGUUCAUGCUCAAGAUUGGUGCCAGACAAAGUGUCUCCUGGAAGCCUGAGAAUACGGCGGCAGGAUUGAUGGAAUUGAUCCCAGAGGCAAAGACGGGACACCUGGAGGAGAUUGAAGAUAAGCCGGUAGUGGCGCACAUCGAAGGUGGCACUGCCAAGAUGGUAUGACCGGGUCCAAGACGCUUAUACCUAUUCUAGCUAAGGGCAGGCGGAGACCAAAAGUUUGUAGAAACCCAUCAGAUAGAUCCAUGAGGAUGCCUGUGUCGCCUUUUCUUUGCUCUAGUAACCAUACUCUAGGCAGCAUUGGCUGUUGAUAAAGCCUAGGCGUAAGAUGUACAUACCCCCGC